UUAUAGUAAUGUAUUUUCAUUUCCUUUACAGCACUUGUAUAUACAAAGUGUACAUAAAUUAGCUUGUUAAGAUGAGCUCCGGAGGCAGAGGCAGCCGGGGCAACAAAGGUUCACGGAUAAGUGGCGGUGAGCGCAGCACUGACAGCAACAUCGCCACACAGAAGCAUCAACAACAGCAGACGACACCUUUGCAACCACAGAAAAUGGACAGCCAGACAUCAGACAAAAGCAAGGGAGGGGAUGCUGUACCACACAAGAUUGCCCCCACUGCUGAGCAACUGCGCAUUGCCCAGAUGAUUGACAAUUCGCGCACCGAGCCAGAAAAACUGCUCCAGGAGAAGAUCAAUCAGGUGAUGCAGUUCACCAGUGUAACCUCUGAUGAUGCAAUGGUUGCUCUACACGACUGUGAUAAUGAUGUGAAUGCUGCUAUUGACCUGCUGUUGGAGGGGGAUGAUCAGGGCAAGUGGCAAGAGUCUACAAAGAAGAAGAAGAAACCGGUGACUGGCAAGACCACUGAAACUGAGAGCAACAAGGAGAACCGACGAGUCAAUUCUCGGGAACGUAGUGGGUCACGGCCUAGGGGUGGUGGCCCACCAAGGUUCAGAGGACGAGGUGGUGGCAGCGGUCGAGGUGGUCGAGAAAGUGAAAACUUUGAAGGUCCUGGCCGUGGUGACAGCACACGGCGUGGCAGGCUGACCAAUGGGACAGCAGCAACCAGGGGUAGAGGAGGACGGGGCCGGGGCUCAUCCAUGGGUCCACGAACAUUCCAGAACAGGCAGGCUCCCAGCUUCCCUGACUCCAUUGACACCUGGGGCCCUCCCUGUGAUGACAAAACCACCCAAAAUAGUCUCAAGAUAGGUCUGCAUAGUGUGGUAACAAGUAGCCUGGCAAGCAGUAUUAGCAACAGCAGCAGUGUGUUGAACAAAGGGGUCACCAUACCUACAGUGACAUCUUGCCUUUCGUCGCGGCCAAAGACGCAGAGACCUCGGAUACCCCAGGCGUCCAAGAUACCACUGUCUGCUGUUGAGAUGCCAGAGGAUGCUAUGGCUGCACUUGAUGUGCAGUUCAGUGGCUUGGAGUUUGGGACUGAGACUCUGGACUUCACUGCUGAGGUGAAGACCAGCUCAAGUGCAACUGGUCUUGUCAGUACCACUCCUGUCAAUGCUUGUGAUCCAACCUCUUCCACACCUCCGGCCACCAAAGAUCUCACCUCUGCAUCAUUAUCUUCUUCAUUACCACAGACACAAAAGCUUGGACCUGAGCCCAUUCCAUUCCCUGCCUCUCAAACGGGUGAACGGAAGCCCUCUGGGGGUGCCUUUGUGUCUGGAACUCAACGAGGUAGUGGUGCCAGCAAUACUGCUACACCCCAAGGCUUGCCAGACCUGACCAAGAAUGAGACUGGUGGUAACACAGGUGGCCUAGGAAGCUUGGUGGGGUCUGCUGGCCCAUCUUACCAGCCCUACACCAGCUCCAAGUCCUCCUCCUCCUUCCCAUCCCCACCCUCUGCUCCAUACUCACAGACACCUUCACAGAAUUCUUACACAAGCAGCAAUCAACAAGGAAGCAGUGGGACCAACAGUAGCAGUGCCAGUGGCUUUAACAAUAGCAACAGUAGCACAGCAGGAUCUAACAAUAACAGCAGUUCAAGCACCAAUCAAACAGCAGGAGGAUAUGGAUCCAACUUCUCUGCACAGGCAACAGGUGCAGGGAACAGCAGUAGUCAGUACCAGAACAGCUAUGUUAAUGCCUCUAGUCACUCUCCUCUUGUGUCCAUCUCUACACCCAAACCUUUGGCUGGUCUUUCGACAACUACAGUCAAGGACACCACACAGAGUUAUGGAGAGCAGACAUCAACUGGAGGAUCGGCGUACUCAAGCACCUUAUCUACCAGUGCACCCGUUAGCAGCAGUACUACAAGUAACAGCACGGGUCCUGUAGCAGCCCUCUCAGCAUCCCUUAAUUCAACCUCAACUCACCCAGUUCAGCCUUCAAAACCAUCUGUCCCAGGUAAAGUUAUCAGUGGCUUGAGUGGAGCAGUGCCUCCUGGUGUGCACCAUCAGCCACCCCACAUGCAUCAACAUCAGCAGGCACAACAACACCAGGCCCAGCAGACACCACAACAUCAGCAGCAGCAGCAGCAGCAGCAACAGCAAAAGCACAGCAUGAUGAUGUUCACAAUCGUUUCUGCAGCUCUUCAAGGAGCUCUCCCACCUGCAUUCUACACAGGCUUGCAGCAGCCCAUGUAUUCCCUUGAAGACUUCCAGCUCCUACAGCAGCGAAUGCCUCACAUGCAGGCCCCUACAAGCCUAGCAACUGGUCGAGAUGGAAGUAUGACUUCAGCAGCAUAUUCAGUGGCUGAUGCUAAAUUUCGGACAGACCAGAAUUCCUCACCAGUUCCCUCCACUAUGAAUCAGCAAGGUGCUCAGGCAGGUGGGACUUACAUCACUGCUACAGGCAAUGCAGCGAUGCCUCCUUUCUAUAUGUAUCACAACAUGGCAGCCGUCCCCAGCACAUUCCCGCAGUAUGGGGCACCCACUGCCAUUAUCCAGAUACCUCCGGUCACCAAUACCCACACAGGCACCAAUACAAAUCAGUUUCCAACAGCCCCAAAACUCCAGUAUGGUACUGGAAACUACUAUGAUAACUUGACUCAGACUCAGGACUUCAAGACUGGCUAUGGAUCAGCAAAUCAGAGUCAGAACAAGGGUGCUGGGGCAACAUCUGGUUCAGCCAGCAAUUCUGGCACAGAUCUUGGAGGAUACAAGAACCAUCUCAGCAAAAUGGGACGGUCUUACGAUAAGCAAGGAUUCCACACUGGGACUCCCCCACCAUUCAACCUUGCCAGCUCUGGAACAAAUCCCAUGACUGCAAAUGCAUACACCCCCAUGUUCAUCCCCACCAUGCCUGCUGCACAGCAUCACUCACCUCUCAUGCAUCAUCAGCUCCAUCAGGAUGGUGGUAGUUCCGGAGGCCAGCGUGCAGGGAGUACUGGAGGACAGAACAAGGGUGGUUCCAAACCCUCAUAUGGGGGUUCUUACUGGGGCACCAACUGAGGGGAGGUAGAAAGCUACUCUAUCUCUCCUACCUUAGGCUCACCCUGCCUUAGGCCCACAAUGAAACAUUGACAAGGGUGACCCACUGUAAUCCACAUCAUGGUGAGUCUGCUGUUGUUUGGCCAGCCUCUAAUCUCAUCUACGAUAAAGGUGCCUCAGCAUCCGGAGCAUCAAUUUGUCAAUUAGAUGUGAAAAUGCGCUCACAGAAGUUUUUGAUUUAAAAAGUGUUUGCUUGGAUGUACAAGGGUCGUAUUGUAGGUGUUUUCAUUAGUGCAAAAUACUAAUUUAUAGGAUUUGCUUUUCUUACCACAAGUUUAGAAAUUAAAAAUGUGUGAGGGAAGCAGGUCCUAACCCUUAGAGGUUAUACUUUAUGUGAAGUCGUCCAAAGUGAUGUAAAAGAAGAUAACAUAUUUAGCAUUUGUGGCAAUGGUGUAUUCAGUCUUGCUCUUUUCACUUGUAAAUAACAGAUGCCACUGAAUAAACCAUGGGCGCAGGUCCUCACUGGCAUGGUGCAUUUCUCUUGCAACCUCUCACUCCCACUCCUUUUUAUAUUUAAAUAAAUUUUACAAAUUGUAUGUUGGGUGAUAGGAUUUGGCAAAAGUUAUAGUGAUUGUACACCACUAGAACAGACUUCAUGUAGGCUACAAAUGUAAGACUAUUCUAUUCUGGAGUUGGUGUUAACAAAUGAAUGGAAACUCACUGAAGUUGAAGGUCUAUUAUAUAAGUGUAAGAUCACAACUCCUUUGAAUUUGCCUGUCUAAGGUCACCCCAGAAUAGGAUGAUUAUAUGUUUUUUUUUUUUUUUUUUUUUUUUCUCUCUUAACAUUUGUAUCUCUCUAGGUACGACAUAAAUCCAUUCCUGUUAAAGGAAUGCUGUAUCUAUGAUAUGGAAAGUAAGCCUCUUGUUUUGUAAGCUUUUUGUGUAGUGAGAUAUUUCAGUUCCACCAUUAAAAAGUAUCUUGAA